CACUUGCACACUCCACUCCUUCCUCACUUUUUUGUCCUUUCCCGACUAAUUUGAUUCUCCAUCUGGGUGUGGAAGACAGAGGCCUGCGAAUGUUGAUGUAAAUCAUGUCAAGGCCAAUGGGACUCUUAUGGCUGCCUUUGAUCUUUACUCCUGUUUGUGUCAUGUUGAAUUCUAAUUUCCUCUUCUGGAUAACUGCUCUAGCGAUACGGUUUACGCUUAUCGAUGGACAAGCACAAUACCCAGUCGUAACCACGAAUUAUGGCAAAAUACGUGGUGUAAGAACACCUUUGCCCAAUGAAAUCCUUGGUCCUGUGGAGCAAUACUUGGGAGUCCCUUAUGCUUCUCCUCCAACUGGGGAAAGACGAUUCCAGCCCCCGGAGCCUCCUUCCUCCUGGACCGGCACACGGAAUGCCACACAAUUUGCUGCUGUCUGCCCACAGUAUCUGGAUGAGAGAUCGCUGCUCAACGACAUGCUGCCUGUUUGGUUUACUGCCAACUUGGAUACUGUGAUGACGUAUGUUCAAGAUCAAAAUGAAGACUGCCUGUAUCUGAAUAUUUAUGUGCCCACUGAGGAUGGAGCCAACACAAAGAAAAGCGCAGAUGAUAUAACCAGUAAUGAUCGUGGGGAAGACGAAGACAUACAUGAUCAGAACAGCAAGAAGCCAGUGAUGGUCUACAUCCAUGGUGGAUCAUAUAUGGAAGGCACAGGGAAUAUUGUUGACGGCAGCAUACUGGCCAGCUAUGGAAAUGUCAUUGUUGUAACCAUCAACUACAGGCUAGGGGUUCUAGGUUUUCUAAGCACUGGAGACCAAGCUGCAAAAGGCAAUUAUGGAUUGCUUGACCAAAUCCAAGCUUUACGGUGGAUUGAAGAAAAUAUUGGAUCGUUUGGAGGAGACCCAAAAAGAGUUACUAUUUUUGGAUCUGGGGCAGGAGCCUCCUGUGUCAGUCUGUUGACAUUGUCUCACUAUUCAGAAGGUCUGUUCCAAAAGGCAAUCAUACAAAGUGGAACAGCCCUGUCCAGCUGGGCAGUGAACUACCAGCCUGCCAAGUACACUGCAAUUUUGGCAGAAAAAGUAGGCUGCAACACUCUGGACACUACAGACUUAGUUGAAUGCUUUCGGAAUAAGAACUACAAAGAACUCAUUCAGCAAACUAUCACACCAGCUACAUACCACAUUGCCUUUGGGCCUGUGAUUGAUGGGGAUGUAAUUCCAGAUGAUCCUCAGAUCCUGAUGGAGCAGGGAGAAUUUCUCAACUAUGACAUAAUGCUAGGCGUAAACCAAGGGGAAGGCUUAAAAUUUGUAGAUGGAAUUGUAGAUAAUGAAGAGGGCGUUUCUCCAAACGAUUUUGAUUUCUCUGUAUCCAAUUUUGUGGACAAUCUGUAUGGCUAUCCGGAAGGGAAAGACACGCUACGAGAGACCAUUAAGUUCAUGUACACAGACUGGGCAGAUAAGGAGAACCCGGAAACGCGAAGAAAGACCCUGGUGGCUUUGUUUACUGACCACCAGUGGGUUGCUCCCGCUGUUGCCACAGCUGACCUGCAUGCUCAAUAUGGCUCCCCAACGUACUUCUAUGCAUUUUAUCACCACUGCCAGAGUGAAAUGAAACCCAGCUGGGCUGAUUCAGCACAUGGCGAUGAAGUCCCUUAUGUCUUCGGUAUUCCUAUGAUUGGCCCUACAGAACUGUUCAACUGCAACUUUUCAAAGAAUGAUGUCAUGCUCAGCGCGGUAGUUAUGACGUACUGGACAAACUUCGCCAAAACUGGGGAUCCAAACCAACCCGUUCCCCAGGAUACAAAGUUUAUCCAUACGAAACCCAAUCGUUUUGAAGAAGUAGCCUGGUCUAAAUAUAAUCCAAAGGACCAACUUUAUUUACACAUUGGCUUGAAACCCAGAGUCCGGGAUCACUACCGAGCAACGAAAGUUGCUUUCUGGCUAGAACUUGUUCCACAUUUGCACAACCUGAACGAAAUAUUCCAGUAUGUCUCCACAACAACGAAGGUGCCGCCUCCCGAUAUGACAUCGUUCCCUUACGUCACCCGGCGUUCUCCUGGCGGGAAGUUCACCACCAAGCGCCCAUUGAUGACACCGAGCAACAAUCCGAAGCAUUCAAAAGACACACAGAAGACGUCUCCAGAUGAUGCAAGUGUUCUGAUAGAAAACAAGAGAGAUUAUUCCACAGAGCUGAGUGUUACCAUUGCCGUAGGUGCAUCUUUAUUAUUCCUCAACAUACUAGCAUUUGCCGCGUUGUACUAUAAAAAAGACAAGCGGCGUCAUGAGACGCACAGACGCCCCAGUCCACAACGGAACACCACCAAUGAUAUCGCCCACAUACAGAAUGAAGAGAUAAUGUCAUUGCAGAUGAAGCAGCUGGAGCACGACCAUGAGUGUGAGUCACUACAGGCACAUGACACCCUGAGACUCACCUGUCCACCUGAUUAUACCCUCACUCUUAGAAGAUCUCCAGAUGACAUUCCACUCAUGACACCCAACACCAUAACCAUGAUUCCAAACACAUUAACAGGAAUGCAGCCUUUGCAUACUUUCAACACUUUCAGCGGAGGACAAAACAGUACUAAUUUGCCCCAUGGACAUUCCACCACUAGGGUAUAGCUCUGUUAUUCGCCCCACCCCAUGCCACCCGGAAGAUUAAAAAUAAGAAAAAAAGGGGGGAACGCAAAGAAAAUAAAUCAUACUCUCCAUCAAGCAACUUGUCAAAACAAAACAAAAAGAUAUAGAGAAAGAGAGAAAGGCAGACACAAUUUUCUUACAGAUCCUUUUCAUAGGAACUCUGAUAUUCUAUUAAAAAAAAGAUCACCUUCUCAAACCCUGUGAAAUGUGAAAUGUGUACAUUGCUAUUAGGAUACUGCUUUAAUAUCUCAACCACUCUGAUUGAAAGUUAAGAGUUGAGGCCUGAAGAGAAUCACUUAGAAAGGAUAUGUAUUGAGUGUAACAAACAGAAGCAGAAACUUCUGGAAACACAGAGCCAGUGACUGUACAGUUUUUUAAUAAAUAAAAUUUUAAAAAAAUGUUCUAUAUGUGCCAUACCAUGAAUGGCCCUUGUUAUACAAAAGACAUCACCAUGGGCUUUUACCCAUCAUAAGAAGCUGUAAUCCAGAAUGGGGAAAUAAGAUUUUAUUAUUAAAAAAAAAAUAGGACUGACUAUGCAGUAAAUACGUAUAGUUCUGUGCAAAGAGAUGACUUGCCAGCCUGAACUAUAUUUAAGAAACUUUGUAAAAAAAA